AUGUCGGGCCCAAACCUUCACAAUGCUCUCCUCCGACCUCCCAUCAUCCAAAUCCUACGCGCGCAAGGCUUCCACUCCACGCGCCCAUCCGUUCUUGAGUCUUUGCAGGACCUGACUGGUCGAUACAUCAUGAUUCUUGCAUCUUCUGCUGCCGACCACGCGGCAAACGCCCACCCACAAGAUCCAGUUCCCGUCCUUGAAGACAUCUACCAAGCUCUACAGGACGCAGGUGCCAUCCGGCCACAGCUGCGCGAAUGGGAGGAGGAAUGGCAAGGCGAAGAGGAUAUGCGUGGCCUUGACGCUUUCCUUGGCUGGAUCACUGGCCCAGUCCACCGCGAAAUUCGACGAGUAGCCGGCUUCGUCCCGAGUGAGGGUGAUAUGGUUGAUCGAGACGCGAUGGAAAAGGAAGAUUACCUCACAGCUUUAAAAAAGAAGCACAGCAAGACUGGCGAAGAGUCUCGCUAUGCUGGAACCGUCCUGGGAAAAAGUGCCGAAGAACAUCCGAUUGUCAUCGAGGGUGGUGUCCCAAGCAUCCAAGAAUGGGGCGCCCAGAUCCGGACACGAACCUCUGAUCCCAUGGAUAGCGAUACGUCUGGUGUGAGCAGUGCUCCGAGCCAUCUUUCCGACGAGGAAGGUGUGGGUGCCUGA